UAGCGAAUCAAGUGUUGGAAUCUAUUGUCUUUGACAAGUCAACUAUCUGUGUGUAUGGGAGAUAUGGGGGAUAACUACGCUUUAGAAACAGGAACACUUGAAGAAGGGAUUCAUUCUUGUUCAAUUCCUCAAGCACGCGUUAAGUUCUUGAAGAAAAGGGGUCUGCGAAACACGAUCGGUGUGUCCUGUUUCCCCGAUAAUCUUUUUGUAUCUGUGAUCUGACCCGACUCACCAGCUCAGAAGAGUCCAACGAGAUCGGGAAUUCUUAACUGUGGUUCCAGUAAUGGAUAGAAGAACACCCGUGGGCGCGCGCGGCCGUCUUCUCUUCAAAUCUUGCUGCUAUAAUCAUCCAGACAGACGUUGGUUUUUUACAAAUGACGUUGCAGCGCACAUUUGAGAAACAAGUGUCCGUCAUGUUUUUUACCUGAGGAGCCUGCCUUCAAUAUAAGAACACAUAAAACAGGAGAACAACUUUUAGUUUUAUUAAGAAGUUGCUUUCCGAUCAACUGGCUACAGAAACCAGCAGUAUUUUGAGACCGUGCAUCAAUUUUGGUGUAUUUACAUUUAAAGCUGCAUUACAAAGGCAAAACUGUUUGAUUACUUUUUUCUUUCUUUCUUUCCUUUCCUUUCCCAUGGAUAUUCAUUGUAAAGCAGACUCGUUUUCUGCUGUGCACCGGCAUGGGGGUGUAAACCAGCUAGGUGGGGUGUUUGUGAAUGGCAGGCCCCUACCUGAUGUAGUGAGGCAAAGGAUUGUAGAGCUCGCACACCAGGGAGUUAGACCCUGUGACAUCUCGAGACAACUAAGGGUCAGUCACGGCUGCGUCAGCAAAAUACUUGGGAGAUACUACGAGACCGGGAGUAUUAAGCCAGGAGUUAUUGGGGGAUCCAAACCAAAGGUCGCGACUCCAAAAGUGGUGGAUAAAAUCGCUGAAUACAAGCGACAGAAUCCCACCAUGUUUGCGUGGGAGAUAAGAGACAGGCUGUUAACGGAAGGCGUCUGCGACAAUGACACUGUCCCGAGUGUUUCAUCCAUUAACAGGAUUAUUAGAACCAAAGUCCAGCAGCCUUUUCUCCCUUCUGCUGAUGGAACAGGAAGUCCACUGUCCAUACCUGGCCACACUACAGUGCUAAACUCUGCCUCGCCCCCAGCAUCCACUGCUUCGCCUGAUCCUGUGGGGUCUUACUCCAUCAACGGUAUUCUGGGUAUUCCUCGGUCCAUUGGAGAAAAGAGGAAAGGGAAUGAUGAUGGCUCAGGUGGUUCCGGCCCACACAGUGGCUCUCGGGGUAGUGUGGAGAGCUUACGGAAGCACCUGAGAGCUGACGCCUUCACACAGCAGCAGCUGGAUGCUCUGGACCGGGUCUUUCAACGGCCGUCUUUCACAGACGUCUUCCCGACGGCCGAGCGCGUCAAGCCAGAGCAGGGUAAUGAAUUCUCCUUACCAGCGCUGACUCCAGGCUUGCAUGAGGUGAAGCCCAAUUUGUCCCCCAGCCACGGCUCAGACCUGGUCCCCAGCGUGACACAGAGCUUUCCUGGGGGGACAGGUCGCGACGUGGGCACCACGCUCCCAGGGUACCCCCCACACGUCCCCCCCACAGGCCAGGGCUACUCCACCCCAGCACUAGCCGGAAUGGUUCCUGGGAGCGAGUUUUCAGGGAGCCCGUACUCUCACCCACCGUAUGCGACCUACAACGAAGCCUGGAGAUUCAGCAACCCAGCUCUACUGAGUUCCCCUUAUUAUUAUAGCUCCUCAUCAAGGGGAUCCCCACCAACCACUGCUGCUGCCGUCUACGACCGCCACUAGUUACUUUGGAAACCGAAUCAAACCACAGGACAAUCUCAGCAGACUCCAUAUUGUUGCAGUGUAAAUGGCACUAAGAUCAAAAGGAUGGAAGAUGGCUCAAAAAUAUUCUAUAUCACAGAGUAUGGACUGGACUGCCGGACACAACUACUCCAACUCCAGAAACAACAAAAACUAUUCAGCCCUCCUGACUUAGUGUCAUGUCUUAACUUCAACUUUCAAGAGAUUAUAUGAAUAUAUGAUUAUAUGAAUAUAUGUAUAAAAAACAUCCUCACAGCCUCACCUUUUGACCUGAUGUUUAUCUUCUUCAUGAAUCAUUACCGCUACAUUACAGUACAGUGUUGUACAUUACAAUACAUUACAUUACAGUACAGUAUAUUAAAAUGUUCCAUUGCAAGGCAGUACAGGACAUUACAGUACAGCUAACAUUGCACUACAAUACAGUAAACUGUUACAUUACAUGCAGUUCAGUACAUUACAGUCAAAUGUACAUUGCAUUACUUUGCACUACUUUACAGUAAAUUGCAUUGCAGUACAGUAAACUGCUAUAUUACAUUAUAGUAUACUACAUUACAUUACACAGCUUUAUGGUACAUUACGUACACUGAGAGCCCAUUUCUCCUGAAAGCUGCCUUAUAUACCAUGAUCAGGUGUAGGACUGAAUUCAGAAGGAAGCCCAAGUCCUCCCAUUGACAUGGUUUUCACUGCUACAUUUAUUAUUAAAUUAAUUAGCCUUGGACUUUGUCAUGGCUGCUGUCACUGCAAUUUUCAAAAAAUUAUUACAGAUGUGCCCAAGGUUGGUAUGGAUGGUAUUUGGAUAAGGUUUGGAGACAAGGUCCAAAGUAGCCCCCAAUGCACUACGGCUCAAGCUUGAUACUUGGCCCAUGACUUUGCUUGCAGCUAUAUUUAUGUAUUUUAUUAUUAUUAUUAUUAUUAUUAUUAUUAUUAUCUGUGUUUGUAUUUACACUCUUUCUGUCGGCUGGACAUUGCAUGAGUACAAACUUAGAGUGUACAGUACAGUCUAACACUUUUUUUUUUUUUUUUAGAGGUUUUUGAUCUGAAUACCUUAAUGUUGCUGCUGUUAAAGGCUGAAAUAUAUUACUUCUGCAUUAGUUGCAUCACACAGUAAUUUGGAUCUCCCGCAUAAAAAUAUAUGAAUAUAGAAGAGUACAAGUCUCAUCUGAUAAAGCACAUCAUUGUAAUUACAGAUUAAGUUUAUUACAAAAAAAAAAUAUAAUACAAGUGUCUACAAUUGAAAUGAGCAAAUACGCUGUCUUCAUUUUAAACAGUGCAGCUUCAACUAAUGCCUUACAAUCGUUUUCCAAACAAAAAUAUUUCAUACAGCAGUUAUUUACUUCAAAGAACAGGAAGGAAUUAUUUUUUUUAAAUAUUAAAUAUUUAAGCAUUUCACUCACAUUGCAUCUUUAAAUAUAAACUGAAGGUACUUUUUUUUUUUACUACAUUUGCCAAAGACUUAGUUCUACAUAAUAUUUAAAUUACAGUAUGGUUAUGCAUAAUAAAAACAGUAUUAUGGUUAAAAGACUCUCUGUAAAUAAGAUUUUAUGAUUUUCUAAUUUCUUGAUUUCUGGUCAUACAUAAAAAAUACUAUGUUGAUCUAGUUGGUCUUUACUGUUUACUGUUAAUUUUUUUUUCAGGGCUGGUCUAGGUUGAUCUAAUCGAUUGUAAGGAUGGUCUUGGUUUUUGUUUGUUUCCUGUAUCCACCCAGCAAAGAUGUUAAUCACUAUGCAAAUAGAAUGUAAAGUGAAGCCACUGCUGUUCCUCAGUGAAAGUGGUGGACCUCAUCAAAUCAAGCUGUGUAUGUGACUGCUAUAUAGAGAAUAUGCUCACUUUAAUGAAUGGAUUUAAAUUUUACUUUUUACCCAUUUAUGAAGAACAAAGUAUUCAUGCUCAGAGGAUUCCUGGAUGAUGACUUUCAAAACAGAACUUCAUUUUUAAAUUUAAAUAAAAAUUUCAAGGGAGUGUUUUUUUUCUUCAAAUCUUUUUUUUUUUUCACUGUGUAUAUGCAUUAACAAAUGAAUACUGUUUUGCCAGAGGUAAACAGACACAGAAAUAUGUAUAAUUUGCUUAAAUUAAGAACAUGCAUAGCUGUUUGGUUACCGAAUCUUUGGCCAUCGUAUUCUCAUACCUCCUCCACACAUCUGGAAAUGAAAAACUGACCAAACAUUCAAUCAAAGCUUUUAAACAACACAUUUAUAUACAUCAUUGCUAGAAAACAUUCUAUUUGAAUCAGAUGACUCAAAAACUCCUUCAAAUCUUAAUCAUAGAGAAAAUAUAAUCAUGAGGCAAGAUUGUGACAGAGCACUCUAACCCUCCAAUGGAAAUACUACGAUUGCAAAAUUGUAGUGCACUUGGGAUUCAACAAUUAAUGUCUGUAUUUCUUGCUGAACUUUAAAUUCUACUGCUAAUGUGCCUCUCUAACUGUGAGACAGAGGGCCAGAGACCUACGGCAGCACAUUGGCUAAAAUAGAGCAGGUCUUGUACCGUUGUUAGGAUGAUGCAGGAGAGGUGUCAGAGGCCUAAAGAGAAUGUCCAAUGGCCUGUAACUGAAGCUGAGUUCUGUUACAUGUUCUGUGCACAUGAGAAUAAAUUUUUGUAUGUCA